AUAUUUUUAAUUUGGGGUGCAAAGGGGAUGGUGGGGAACACAGUGCCUGAUAAAACCCAGACUGUAGAGAUCUUCAGACACUGCCACAAUGGUUCAUCUGACUUCCUAAGUCCUACACUUAGCAUAAGAGCUAAGCAAUAUGUCAUUAGCAUGAACGAGACACUACAUGUGGCAUGCAGGGGAUCAUCACAUGUGUCAUGGUCCUGGCCAAAUCAUGUAAUUAAUGGAACUGAAAGACUGAGUAUAAUUAAUUUUAACAGUGGAGUCAGCAAUAGACCUUUCUGGAGUAACCUGACUUUAAGCAAAACUCAGGCUAAGGACACAGGAUACUAUCACUGCAAUAGCUCAUCUUCAAAUGCCCGACAAAGAAAGACUGCACUCUAUAUAUUUGUUAAGGACAAACACAGUCCCUUUGUUGAGCAAUACACAGAUGUUCCCAAAGUCGUGUACAUGACAGAAGGAAAGACGCUAAUUAUACCAUGCAGGGUCACAGCCCCAGAUCUCACCGUCACUUUGAAAACAAAUUCCUUGUCCUUUAUCGUUGAUGGAAAGGAAGUUAUAUGGGACAGCAAACAAGGCUUUGUUAUUCCCAGACCUACAUACAAAUUUAUUGGUCUGCUGACAUGUGAAACUAGUGUGAAUGGCAAGACGUUUCGGUCUAUUUAUUUAACACACAGACAGGUCAAUAGCAUCAAGAACGUACAGCUCAAUGUAACCAGUCCAGUCAAGAUGCUGAGUGGAAAAACACUUGUAAUCAAGUGCACAGUGACAGCAAAACUGAAUUCAAGAGUUGAAAUUGUUUGGGAUUUCCCUGGCAAAGAAAAUAGAAAUGCAUCUAUAACCACUAGAAUUGACCAGACAGACCCUAGAAUAAAUACAUUUUACAGCACAUUUGUUAUAGACAACGUGUUUACAUCUGACAGGGGAAACUACAUAUGUCAAGUGAAAAGUGGGGAAACUAUGAAAAAAAGGAAAGCAACAGUUAAUGUUUAUGCAAAACCAUUUAUUAAUGCCAGAUGCCGGAAAUCAUGUAUUGCGGAUGUCCUUGCUGGGCAGGGGGCCUAUCGUUUUCCAGUAAAAGUCAAAGCAUUUCCACCACCAGAGAUUUUAUGGUUAAAGAAUGGGCAACCUAUUGCUGAAAGAUCUACUCGCUAUAAGAUCACUGGCUAUGUACUGACUAUAAGAGAUAUUUCAGAAGAAGACACUGGCAGUUAUAGUAUUAUACUGGAGCUCAAACAAUGGAACCUUUACAAGAACAUCACAUUCUCUCUUAAUGUAAAUGUAAAACCACAUAUAUGUGAAAAGGCAGUGUCCAAUCAGAACUUUGAUCUCUUCCCAUUGGGCAGCAAACAGACUCUGUCAUGCACUGCCUAUGGCAUCCCUAUUCCUAGAAUUCUAUGGGGAUGGCAACCUUGUGCCCAAAGUAGUUCAAAAGCACAAUGUAAAACACAAGAGACUGAAAGCAGCACUGUUUUUCUGGAUGCGUUUGGCAGCAACAUGACUGGAAAUAAGAUACAUGGUGUUACUGAAAGAACAGAAUUACUGGAUGGAAAAUACAAGACUGUUAGCGCUCUAGUGGUGGCUGAAGCCAAUAUUUCUGGAAUUUAUCGCUGCUUGGCUGUAAACAAAGUAGGAAAAGAUGAAAGAAAUAUUAACUUUUUUAUCACAGAUAUACCAAACGAAUUUGGAUUUGAGAUUGGAGUGGGACAUGAUGCAUUGCCUACUGAAGGUGAUGACCUGAUUCUAUUCUGCCGAGCCAACAAAUUUUUAUACUCGAAUAUUACUUGCCGUCUUCUGAGCAGGGACAAUCAUACAGUGUAUCACCUCAGCAUGAAUGGGAUAAACACCAAAGAGUAUUCAGUAGCUUUGAAUUUUACAAUCAAAAGUGUGUCUCUGGAUCAAUCUGGAACUUAUGAAUGCGCAGCGGAAAACAUUAUCACUCAGGAAGAGACAAUUCAGAGGCAGAAGAUUUAUAUUAGAGCUCAGCAAGUCCCAUAUCUGUUGCGCAACCUAAGUAACCAAGAGGUGAAUGUCAGUAGUUCAAUUACUUUGGAGUGCCAUGUGGAGGGAAGACCAAUGCCACAAAUCAUAUGGUACAAAAACAACCGGAGGUUACUUGUGGAAUCAGGUAUUACCCUCGGACCAGGAAGCAAAACCUUAAUUAUUGAAAGAGUCAAAGAAGAGGACGAAGGUUUAUAUCAGUGCCAUGCCGCAAACAGGAAAGGCUUUGUGGAGACUUCUGCUUACAUCACUGUUCGAGGACCGACAGAGAAUUCAAACCUGGAGCUGAUCACACUGACAUGUACCUGUGUUGCUGCUGCACUCUUCUGGCUGCUUCUAACUCUCUUCAUUCGUAAACUCAAAAAGCCGAGAUCAGCAGAAAUAAAAACCGACUACCUGUCAAUCAUAAUGGAUCCAGAUGAAGUACCACUCGAUGAGCAAUGUGAACACCUUCCUUAUGAUGAUAAUAAAUGGGAGUUUCCUCGAGACAGGCUGAAACUAGGUAAAACUCUUGGUCGUGGGGCUUUUGGGAAGGUUGUGGAAGCUUCUGCUUUUGGCAUUCAUAAAUCAUCCACAUGUAAGACUGUUGCUAUUAAAAUGCUGAAAGAGGGGGCAACAGCCAGUGAAUACAAAGCUUUAAUGUCAGAACUAAAGAUCUUGAUUCAUAUUGGACAUCAUCUGAAUGUGGUGAAUUUGUUAGGAGCAUGCACCAGACAUGGAGGUCCUUUGAUGGUAAUUGUUGAAUAUUGUAAAUAUGGCAACCUCUCCAACUAUCUCAAGAGCAAGAGAAAUAACUUUGUGCUGCACAAGGAAACUACACUGCAGGCUGACCCCAUUCAAGAAAAGACCUCCAUGGAGGGUAAAAAGAAAAGGCUGGCUAGCGUCACAAGCUCUGAGAGCUCCACAAGUUCUGGGUUUGAUGAAGACAAAACUCUAAGUGAUGUUGAAGAGGAAGAGGAGGAUACUGAUGACUUGUACAAAGGACCAAUUACCAUGGAGGACCUGAUCAGUUACAGUUUCCAGGUGGCCCGAGGCAUGGAAUUCCUGGCAUCAAGAAAGUGCAUCCAUCGAGAUCUGGCAGCAAGAAACGUCCUUUUAUCUGAGAACAAUGUAGUUAAGAUUUGUGACUUCGGACUUGCACGAGAUAUUUACAAAGAUCCUGAUUAUGUACGAAAGGGAGAUGCAAGGCUCCCUCUCAAAUGGAUGGCCCCUGAAUCUAUAUUUGACAAAAUCUACAAUACUCAAAGUGAUGUCUGGUCUUAUGGAGUUUUGCUGUGGGAAAUAUUUUCCUUAGGAGCAUCACCAUACCCAGGAGUUCAGAUUGAUGAAGAUUUUUGCAGACGACUGAGAGAGGGCACAAGGAUGCGAGCUCCUGAAUAUUCAACUCCAGAAAUUUAUCAAACAUUACUUGACUGCUGGCAUGUUGAUCCCAAAGAACGGCCAACUUUCACAGAGCUUGUGCAAAGACUUGGAGAUUUAUUGCAAGCAAAUGCCCAACAGGAUGGAAAAGACUACAUCCCACUGAGUACCAUGCUGGUAACAAAUAGCUUUCACUUUUUGGUUCCAACAUCACCUGAUUCCUGCUUGAGAGAUGAAAUGGAGGGUGCAAAAUUUAAUUACAAACGUACAGGAAGCUUUGGAUAUAUUAACACUGGUAUGAAGAAACAUCCACAGAAUUUAAAGACCUUUGAAGAGUUACCACUUCAACUUGCAACAUUAACAGAUGAUUAUCAGACUGAUAGUGGAAUGGUGUUAACAUCAGAAGAAUUGGAUCAUCCAAUGUGGGCCGAAAUCAAACCAAGGCAUUUACAUUCUUUUGGCUCGAAAGCAGCAAGCAAGAGUGAAGAGUCAGUUUUUACUGAAACUGUCAAUCAGACAAGCACUAACAAUACUGAUUAUCAACUUGAAGAUGAAGGCAAUCGAAUGUCUGAACAUGAGAGUUUGAGCUUGCUUAAUUCCUUUGAGACAAAAAUGAGUCGCUGUACACCUCCACCAGACUACAAUUCACUAACUUUUUAUACCUCACCACACGUUUAAAGAAUGGCCAUUUUAUCAAUGUGGCAGCAUAGAAACUCUGCCAAUUCAAAAUGUUGUUACACUCCCUGAAGGAACCAUUUUACUUAUCGCCUUGACCAAUAUUAGAACAUAAUGUGCUACUCACUCACAGAAAUCAGAUGUUAAACAUAGCCAAAUGUUGACAUCAAAUGCAAUGGCCCACUUUUCAUGGUCAAUGGUUAAGGAAAAUUUGCCCUAAAGAUGUGGCAACCUUUGCAGCAUACGUUUUCUAUUUCCUAAAGCCAGUUUGAAUCUGACAUCAUGUCAGGUAGACCUUCGGGCAUCGCACGACAGGGAUGGCAUCACAUGAGAUAAACAGCCAAUAAGAUUUGCAUUUAUAAUCUUUCAAUAUUGUUACAUCUUAUAGAGAGCAAUGCAAAUGAUUCAAAUAUAUGUAUGGAAUAUUCGAGUAUGGUAGCAUGGUGAUUAUGUUCCUGGGCUAGCAAUCCAGAGGCCUGAACUGCUGAUAUGAAGAUGUGUUCAAAUCCCACCUUGGCAGCUGGACUCUUAAUGUCACAUAAAAAGCUAGUGUCAAUAUUGGUGACCAUGUGACUACCAGAUGCAAAAACAACAAUCUACAAAUGACUACAAUUACUGUAAUUUAAUUCACUCCAUGUGAUAUCAAGAAAUAGUUGGAGACACUGGGCACUUCAAAGGCUAUGGGCCUCGACAACAUUCCAGCAACAAUACUGAGGGCUUAUGCUCCAGAAUUUGUUGCCCCUGUAACCAAGCUGUUGCAGUACAGCUAUACUGGCAUCUCCCCAACAAUAUGAAAAAUUCCCCAAAGUACGUCCCAUUCACAAAAAAAAACAAAUCAUACCAGUUAUGGUCCCAUCAGUUCACUGUCAAUCAUCAGUAAAUUGAUGGAAGAUGUCGUUAAUAGUGCUAUCAAGCAGCUCAGCAGUAACUUGCUGAUAGAUGCCCAGUUUGGAUUUCACCAGGUCCACUCAGCUCCUGACCUCAUUGGUUCAAACAAGGACAAAAGAGAUGAAUUACAGAGGUGGUGAGAGUUAUUGCCUUUAACAUCAAGGUUGCAUUUGACUGCGUGUGGCAUCGAGGAGCCCAAGAAAAUACUGA